CGCUGCUGAGAGCUGGCUGGGUUAUUCAUAACCUCCCCUGCUUUGGGCUACAGAGCAUAAAUCGGAGAUAUACUGGGAAGAGAAGAUGGCGUGGGAUCCACCCUUGCAGCAUCCUCUUUCCUGGGCGAGGUCUUCCUCCCUCUUCUUGUCCUGCUCCAGAGCUGCCGUGGCACAGUUAAUUGAGGCCACCACAGAACCCCCAAAAAAGAAACCGGACCCUGUCACUUCAGAGACGGUGGUGAUCUGGGGGCUGCGACUCUGGCAGGUGAUUGGUAUCUUUGCCAUCUUUGUCCUGGCAGUCAUUAUCACGCUGUGCUGUAUCUUCAAAUGCCGGAUUCCCCGGACAAAGAAAGAGAUUGAGGCACGAUAUGCUCAACGGCAAGCAGCAAAGACAUAUGCAGACAAACUGGAGACUGUGCCACCACUCAACGAGCUGACAGAGAUCCCUGGAGCUCAGGUUGCAGAAGAAAAAAAAGAAGAAGUUCCCACUGUAUCUGGAAAAGUGGACAAAACUCAGGGUAAAAAAGGUGGAUCCAAAGGCUCCAAGAAGAAGGACGGUGAAAAGGACCAGAAAGAAGGAUCCAAGAAAGAAGGGAAGGAUGGGGCCAAAAAGAAAGAAGGAGAAAAGGGAGAAAAGGGGGGAAAGGACACUACUGACAAGAAACAAGGUGGUGGGAAGAAAGGUGAAAAAGAAGGUGAAGCAGCAAAAUCAGGAGGCACCAAAACUAAUGGCAAGGCUGGCGGGAACGCCAAAGCCCCAGCAAAGAAGAAGUGACCUUGCUGAAAGCCAGUGCUGGCAGUCUUUCGGGGAGGGCACUGCCAAAUUGCUGUGGGUAGAGCACUGGGAGCAGAUAGGACAUGCUGUCUCCAUACCCUCAGACUGUUGAGUGCCACUGGAUAUAGGGAUUUAUUACCUUUUGAAGACCAAGUCACUGGGGUUUUGUCCACCAGAGGAAAACCUGGCCAUUUGGCUAGACAGUAUCUUGUAAAUAAAAUGCACUGUGCAGAGCUACGUAAUAGUAAUGACUGGAACCAAACUGCAACCUGGAGUGAGAAUCAGAACUUUGGAUAAGCAUGGAAAUUCACAGAGAAGAUCUAAACUAAUGGGAGGACAUGAUUCAUUUAAAAUUUGUUCUUCUUGAGGACCUUAAGGAGCUUGAUAAAUAUUUACUAGCACUCAUCUCCUCCUAAAGAGUAUUUGCAUGUGGGGAAUUUUAGGGAUUAAGCAAAUUCUGGAUGCAAAACCCCAAAGAAUGGAGUUUUCUAAGUCAGCUCAUGUGGUUUCUGAGAGGUGGCUUGGACAUACAGGAGAAAGCUUUUCUUCCUUCUCAGAUGCCUCCUUCUCUGGACUGCUGAAGGAAAUACAAAAGUCUGCACAUCUCCCAGAAGAUUUAUCCACCUUUUUCUCUUUUCUGAUCAAAGACAUAUAAAUCAAGCUGUAGGAGGAUGUGCACAGAAUAAGAAAAGAGGACUGCAUCUGUGCUGCUGUAGGCAGUAGCUGUCCUCAGUUCAUUAUCCCUUCAGGAAAGGCAGCAGAUAAGAAGAGCCCACAGGGACUAAGGGGAUGUGAAGAUGCUCAGCCUGUUGCAGCAGAAACUCAGGGUCUCAGGGGAGCAGGGCUGAAUGCAUUAAUGUUUUUGCUCUCUGCCUGAGCAGUUUCAAAACCAGGGAUUUUGCUACACUUUUAAUGUGGCUGCUAUUUCUCUCACCACCUGGAAAAUUUUGAAGAGUAGUUUUA